GGCCCUGCUCCUCCUUCCCCUCGCUAGCAGCUGCGCUUAGCCCGGGACUGGACCGAGUUAGAGUUGAGGCGGCGGAGGAGUAGCGCGGAGUGCGUGUGACCGGGGGGAGGGGGAGACUCGAGCCUGUGAGCGGUGGGGAGCUGGGCUCCAGCCCAGUUUGGUGCAGCCUUGGCAGAGACCAGAAAGGAGAGGAGCUCCAUUGAUAUUUCAGCCAAGGGCAUCAAGUUAAUUGGUAUAAGAGGAGUAGACCCUACACUGGAGCACUUGGGAUCAACUUACUAAGGUAAACAGGUUGCAGUGGAUUUCUGGAUGGCUUAUCUGGAAUGGACAGAAGUUCUCUGGGAGGAUUAGAACUAUCUGAACAUACUUCUGGUUUACUAGGAAUUACUGCCAUGGCAACUGGUCUUGCAAAUAUAGGAAAUUCUUUUGGAGGGCCACCUAAUACUCUAGUUUCUAGAACUAAUAAGUUCCAAAACUCAUCUAUAGAAGAUGAUGAUGAUGUUGUUUUUAUUGAACCUAUACAACCUCCACAGACUUCUACAUCACUGAUAUCAGAUCAGAGAAGCGUCGCAUUUAUUUCAUCAAAAAGUGAUGAGCUUCAGGGAAAUGAUUCCAAAAUGCUUCCUCCUUCAAAAGACUUAAGUUCUCAAAAGGGAAGUAUAAGCGAGACUAUUAUUAUUGAUGAUGAAGAAGAUAUUGAAACAAAUCAAGGACAAGAGAAGAAUACUUCCAGUUUUAAUGAGCGAAGACUUCCAGAGUGUAAAAAUAGAUCCAGCGAUAUGGAAUUCUCAGCUUCCAGUUUUUCAAGAAGUAAGGUAAAUGCAGGAAUAGGUAAUAGUGGUAUAACCACAGAACCAGACUCUGAAAUUCAGAUUGCUAAUGUUACCACAUUAGAAACAGGUAUGAGCUCUGUGAAUGAUGGUCAUUUAGAAAAUACUGAAGGGCGUGACAUGAACUUAAUGAUUACACAUGUAACAUCACUGCAGAAUACCAACUUGGGAGAUGUGUCUAACGGACUGCAGUCAAGUAAUUUUGGUGUUAAUAUACAAACAUACACCCCAUCUUUAACUUCACAGACCAAGACUGGUGUAGGACCUUUCAAUCCUGGUAGAAUGAAUGUGGCUGGAGAUGUGUUUCAAAAUGGAGAAUCUGUGACUCAUCACAGUCCAGAUUCCUGGAUAUCCCAGUCAGCUUCAUUCCCUAGAAACCAGAAACAACCAGGUGUGGAUUCCUUGUCACCAGUGGCCUCACUUCCUAAACAGAUUUUUCAGCCGUCUGCACAACAACAACCUUCUAAACAGGUUAAAGUCACAUGUGCAAAUUGCAAAAAACCCUUGCAGAAGGGACAGACUGCAUAUCAGCGCAAAGGAUCAGCUCAUCUGUUUUGUUCCACUGCCUGCCUUUCAUCAUUCUCGCAUAAACCCGCUCCAAAGAAACUCUGUGUUAUGUGCAAAAAAGAUAUAACAACAAUGAAAGGCACCAUUGUUGCCCAAGUUGAUUCCAGUGAGUCUUUCCAGGAGUUUUGCAGUACGUCAUGUUUGUCCUUCUAUGAAGACAAGCAUAAUCCUUCAAAAGGAAUCUUGAAUAAGUCAAGAUGCACUAUCUGUGGUAAACUAACUGAGAUUCGCCAUGAAGUUAGCUUUAAGAACAUGACUCAUAAGCUGUGUAGUGACUACUGCUUCAAUAGAUACAGAAUGGCGAAAGGUUUAAUAAUGAAUUGCUGUGAGCAUUGUGGGGAGUACUUGCCCAGUAAAGGAGCUGGAAACAAUAUCCUUAUGAUUGACGGUCAGCAGAAAAGAUUCUGCUGCCAAAACUGUGUUGGUGAAUAUAAACAGAAAUAUGGCAAAUUAACAACUUGUACUGGUUGCAGAGCUCAGUGCAGGUUUUUUGAAAUGACUCAGUGCAUAGGACCUAAUGGAUAUAUGGAGUCAUACUGCUCAACUGCAUGCAUGAACACACACAAAUCAGAAUAUGCAAAAUCACAAAGUAUGGGAAUUAUUUGCCACUUUUGUAAACGAAACACUUUACCUCAAUAUCAAGCCACAAUGCCUGAUGGAAAACUGUACAACUUUUGCAGUUCCAGUUGUGUAGCUAUAUUUCAGACUCUUAGUGUGCAGUCUUCAACCAAUGGUCAGUUUGUGUCUCCAAGUGACAUUCAGCUGAAAUGCAAUUAUUGCAAAAGUUCUUUUUGUUCAAAGCCAGAAGUACUGGAGUGGGAGAACAAAGUAUACCAGUUCUGCAGCAGAACUUGUUCUGAUGAUUAUAAGAAACUGCACUGCAUAGUUACAUACUGUGAAUACUGCCAAGAGGAGAAAACACUGCAUGAAAUGGUGAAUUUCUCUGGUAUCAAAAGACCAUUCUGUAGUGAAGGAUGCAAGCUGCUAUAUAAACAAGAUUUUGCAAGACGGUUAGGAUUGAGAUGUGUUACUUGUAAUUACUGCUCACAGCUCUGUAAAAAAGGAGCUACUAAGGAACUUGAUGGUGUAAUAAGAGAUUUCUGCAGUGAAGAGUGCUGUAAAAAGUUUCAAGACUGGUACUUCAAGGCUGCCAGGUGUGACUGUUGUAAGUCUCAAGGAACUCUCAAAGAGAAAGUGCAGUGGCGUGGAGAAAUGAAACAUUUCUGCGAUCAGCACUGCUUACUGCGUUUCUACUGUCAACAAAAUGAACCUAAUAUGGCAACACAAAAAGGACCUGAAAAUUUGCAUUAUGAUCAGAGUUGUCAAAUUUCCCGAACAAAAAUGACAGGUUCAGUGCCACCCCCUUCUCCAACACUUAACAAAGAGAUGAAGAACAAGGCAAUUCUUUGCAAACCUUUGACAAUGACAAAAGCUACAUACUGUAAACCUCACAUGCAGACAAAAUGUUGUCAGACAGAAGAUGAUUGGAAGAAAGAAUAUGUCCCAGUUCCUGUUCCUGUACCUGUUUAUGUUCCGGUGCCUAUGCACAUGUAUAGUCAAAAUGUUCCUGUUCCGACAAUGGUUCCUGUUCCAGUGCCAGUUCCAGUUUUUCUGCCCACUACUCUGGAUAGCAAUGAGAAGAUCCUUGCAGCAAUAGAAGAGCUGAGGGGUAAAGUUCCUUCAAAUCCUCUGGAGGCUGAGCUACUGACUAUAGCUGAGAUGAUGCCUGAAGAUGAUGGAAAAACAGAGACUACAGAUCUGAACAGUGUAAUAAUCGAAACAGACUUGCUUAACUCUGGUACAGAGAUGCAGACAAGCUUGCCUGAUAUUCCGUAUGAACCAGAUCUUGAUAUUGAAAUUGAUUUUCCAAGAGCAGCGGAGGAGCUUGAUACAGAAAAUGAAUUUUUGCUGCCUCCUGUCUUUGGGGAAGAAUAUGAGGAACAGCCAAGACCUCGAUCCAAAAAGAAGGGAGUGAAGAGAAAAGCAGUGUCAGAAUACCAGUCUCAUGAUGAUAGCUCUGAGAAUUCAGAGUGUAGUUUUCCUUUCAAAUAUGCAUAUGGUGUAAAUGCGUGGAAACACUGGGUAAAAACUAGGAGUCUAGAUGAAGAUCUGCCAGUAUUAGAGGAACUGAAAUCAACAAAGUCUGUGAAAUUAAAGGAAGAUCUGCUAUCGCAUACUGUAGCUGAGCUAAACUAUGGUUUGGCACGUUUUGUCAAUGAAAUUCGAAGACCGAAUGGAGAGAACUAUACACCUGACAGCAUCUAUUAUCUUUGUCUUGGGAUUCAGGAGUACUUGUAUGGAAGCAAUCGAAAAGACAAUAUAUUUAUUAAUCCAAGCUACGAGACAUUUGAGCAGGAAUUAAAUAAAAUCCUUAAAAGUUGGCAACCAAGCAUACUUCCAGAUGGGUCAAUAUUCUCUCGAGUUGAAGAAGAUUAUCUUUGGAGGAUAAAACAGCUAGGAUCCCACUCUCCAUUUGCUCUUCUGAAUACACUGUUCUACUUUAACACUAAAUAUUUUGGCCUGAAAACAGUGGAGCAGCACUUAAGACUUUCCUUUGGCACCGUUUUUAGACAGUGGAAAAAAAAUCCUCGAACAAUGGACAGCAAAGCUUGUCUUCGAUAUCAAGUUUCUUCCCUAUGUGGAGCUGAUAGUGAAGAUAAAAUUACUACUGGAAAAAGGAAACAUGAAGAUGAUGAGCCAGUGUUUGAACAAAUUGAAAACACGUCAAAUCCUGCCAGAUGUCCCGUGAAAAUGUUUGAGUGCUAUCUGUCUAAGAGCCCACAGAAUCUUAAUCAGAGAAUGGAUGUGUUCUAUUUACAACCGGAAUGCUCUGUUUCCUCAGAUAACCCUGUCUGGUAUACUUCCACUUCACUGGACCGCAACACUUUGGAACACAUGCUCGUACGAGUUCUUUUAGUAAAAGAUAUUUAUGAUAAAGACAAUUAUGAACUGGAUGAAGAUAUAGAUUAAAACAAACUUCCAAAAGCUGUCAGGAAAAACAAAACCGCAUUAGAUAGUCAUGCUGCUAGACCUUAAUUAUGGAAACCAUUUCAAGUUUACUCUUUGUUUUAUGAGUUUUGUAGCAGUGUACCCUGACCUGGGUAUUACCAUGUAAAUAAUCCGUGAGUGAAAGUUGCCAUUAUCCUCCUACGUAGUGGUUUUAGGAUACUUAACAAACACAUUCAAAUUCUUUUUUUUUAUUUAUUUGAUUAGGUAUGUUUGUAACUUUUUACAUUGCGAAAUAUGAAUGAGAAUGUGCCAUGUGUAAUUUUUUUCUUGUAGUAAGAAACAUCCAUAUUGCACAACUCUACUGUUGCAAGCUUCCUUGAAAGGAGGCUCUUUUACUGGGUUCUUCAACCAGAUGGUUGUGUAUGGGUAGCACUACUAAAGUUUAGAACUUGCUGUGUCUUUCAGAAUUUUUAAAUAAAUUGUAAACUAAUAGGUUUUUUACUUUUUAGUUACUGAAGCCUUAUAAGGUUAUGUAGAGAGAUUCCAUCUUAUGUACCAAAAAUAGACAAAAGAGAAUGCUGUCAAUAUUGGUGUACUGUAAUGUGAAUCUAUACUGGUGAAAACAACUUUUUUGUUGCCCUUAUUAAAACCUUAGUGUCCUUCCCUUAUUUGUGACUCUCUGAAUUGCCCCUUCAAAUAAAAUAUAUAUUCAAAAUGAGUGUAAGCGUAAGGCAUGUGAUCAUCUAGACAUUUAUUUUGUAAAAAUGUCUGAUGGCAAUGCUAUAAUUUUCUUUUCCAUUUUUAUUUUGCCAAACAUAAAUGCUGGUACCCCAUAUUGCUGUACAUCAGUCCUUCAUAGCCUUAGCAAAAGGGAUUUUAAUGCAGUAUUACAAAAAGUAAUACAGUAUACUACAUUUUUUAACUUUUUUUCAUUUGUCAUUGCUAUGCUGUACUUAAAUACAACUAACAUUUGAUUAUGGGUUGUGAGAGUUCUUUUAACUAAUGUCUCCAUUAAAAAAAACUGAAGAUACAUGAAGUGGCAGAAAGUCAAAAGAUAAUUUAAAAAAAAAUCUGCUGUCCUUUGUUCUUUGUUCAAUAUAUUUAUUUUGCAUAAAGAAUCUGAUUUCCAGAUGUAUAUGAUCAGCCUCUAAAGUUUUAUUUGUUCCUUGCUCUUGUUUGACUAAUGCAGACAAUAUGGUGGUUUGUGCAAUGAAAUUUCCUGUAGUACUCAAGAAAUCAUAGUACAGCAUUCUACUAUAAAGUUGGUAAUGGGUAUGGUAUUCCUAAUGAUUUAAGAAUCUAUUGAUAACAAUCAAUUAUUACUGAGAUGAAAGAGAGAAAAUUGUUUUUAUAUAUCUUAUUGCCAUGAGAUUCAUUUCCUGCAAAGAUGCACUACUUUUUCAUUUUCCUUAUUAUAGAAGAAUGGACAUAGGGAUGCUUACUUCUACAAAGAAAUAAAGCUGCUAGCGCUUUGUUUUGAUAAAGAAAUUUAUUUAAAUUUUUGCUACUCUCUUCUGACAGUGAGUAUGUAUUAACUUUAGAUAUACCACUUAUAGAAAAGCAGAUGAAUAUACACAUUUUUAAUUUCUUUAUUUUGAUUGGCUGAAUUGGCACCAGGUCCCCCCAGAUGAUUACAGUUGUUCCAUUGCCUGGAAAAUCAGGCAGCGUUUCACAGCACUAGUCAAUAGGUUAUCUAACACAUAAUGCUCAGUAAUCUGUUGGCUGUUGCCGUGAAAUGUUGCCUGAUUUUCCAGGGAAUGGUGCAACUUCAGUAACUAAAACAUUACUUAAUGCCUGCUUUUUCAAGCAAAAGCAGUAUAAAAUACUCAUGAGAUAGAAAAGUUACUUGAUUUAAAAUAAAUUUCAAGCACUAUAAUCACAAUUUUAAUAUUUAUAUGUUUUGGGAACUAAGUUUCUAAUUCUGUGAAGUACUUAAGUACAAACUUACCUUUAAGCAAAUGAAUAGUCCUAUUGAGUUUAGUGGGACUACAAUAUUACUAACCUGCUUAAAGUUAAAUGUGCUUGAAACCUCAGGUCGGCAAAGCACUUAAGUAUAUGCUUAACCUUGAGAGAUAAAUUUAAACUAUAAAUGUUUAACUGGUUAGGUAUAUGCUUACGUGCUUUUGCUAAAAGCAGUAAGAGACCCAAUUUCAGGAAGGCCCAUAAACGUGCUUAUGUCCAUCCCUGUUGAGUACAACACUUUAGUACUGAUUCAAGAAAGCACUUAAUGUUUGACUCUGUGCCUAAAUUAAGUAUAUGCUGGCAUGUUUUGCCUGAAUCAGAAGCUAACCUAGUGUCCUCAAAAUCUGAUUAUGGAUAUCCUUUAAGUAAAUAAGGACACUUGUUAAUAUGACAUACUGGAGACUAACCUACCUUGUUUUUCAAUUUCAUAAGGAAGUGAUGACUGAAGUCUAUUAGAAAUCAAAUUAUUACCAUAAAUUUCUCCCAUUCUCUACCCUAGUUCCACUCUCCAAUAAAAACACAACCAUAAUUUAGGCAGGCUUUAAAAUAGAAGUUUUUACAUAUAGAUCCAAGUUGGUAAUACAAAGAUGGCUGAAAUGAAAAUAACUUAUUCCAGAAGAUGGAGCUAUUCCAUCAUUAGCAAUAAUGUUUAUUCAAGUAGUGUGUUUAGAUCAAACAUUGUAAACUGUUGGGAUACUGUAGUCAAGUACACAUCAUGCCUCAAUGUAUACAUGUUAUUACAUAAUUUCUAAAUUUUAAUGGUGAUGCAAAAUGCAAUAAACAGCCUUAGCUUUAAAAAAAUAAAUAAAUGCAAUUUUGUAAUA